AAGGGACGAGGCUACAUCAUCCGUCGUAGCGAGCGCUACCAUUAGAAAGUCGUCGACAGUCGAUGUGUGCGGGAGUUCCGCGAGUCGGAUAGAAAAAGAGAGAGAGAGAGAGAGGGAGAUAGAGAAAGAAGGAGCUGAUCGGUUCAAGGCGUCGUGAGAAAGUUUCGUCGACCAGAGUACGGGAAGAGGGAGAGUGGAAGGUAUUCGCGAAGAGGGUAUCCAAUCGAAGAGAUAUAUCCAAAGCGUAUUCCAGGCGAUCGAGCCAGGAAUCCUCGAUUCAUCAGUCGAAAUCUCAGUUAGGAUAGAUCCGACGGAACGGAGUCGUGUGGAGCGACGCGCGUUUGAUCGUCCGAAGCGAGGAGAAAGGAAUUCGACGAGCGCGAAUUCGCGAAGAGAGGACGACGCGACGGAGGUGACGACGCGCAUACGCUCAUCCGUAAAAAUCGAUCCUCGCCUAACACCAAGACUAACUGUGCGCCGGGAUCGUCGUCGUCGCAUCGCCAUAAUAUCGCCGUCGACGGGAUACCUCGUGGGACGCUCCGGCGGUUAAGCUCAUCCGCGCUGGAGGGUCGACGUCGCACGACGAGGGCUGUAGAGUGCUACGCAGCAACGUGGCGACGACGCCAUUUUGUCGUAACCCGUACCGUGCGAUUCUUUCGGCAUCAGCGCCGUCGAGGCUAUUCAUCGCCGCGCCGUGACCCGUGACACGCGCGUAUCUCCUCCCGCAUCAUCGCCCUCGCAAAGUGUGCGAAUCCAAAAUCGACCGGAGAUUAGAUCGCGAGAGGAGCGGAGAGAGAGAGAGAGAGAGAGAGAGAGAGAGAGAGAAAGAGAAAGAGAGAGAGAGAGAGAGAGGAGGGAGGGAGAAGAAUCGAAGGGUGGCGAGACACGGAGUGUGUUUUAUUCCGGAGCAACGCGGAGUAGUGCGUCAUCAUCGGCGUGAUUCCGAUCUAUUCGCGCGCCACGCCAUUUCCAUUUGCCGAUUUUCAUCAUAUCGUCGAUACUGCGUUCUCGCCCUGGGUAACCGACCAUGAGACUGGAAAUUGUGUCGGCGGCGGAUUUUCUGGUGCACCUGCUGCGCCUGCAGGCGGGUCAGCUGUCGGAACGUCAAUUGGAGAUGUUCAAGUCAUCGCUGACGGAGGUGUUGCGCCAUCGUUAUCGGGACCACUGGUUCCCGGAUCGGCCAAAUCGCGGCUCCGGCUACCGUUGCAUACGCAUCAACGGUAAAAUGGAUCCGGUGAUCGCUCAAGCCGGCGCCAACGUCGGCCUGCUGCCGACCGUUCUGCACAGCCUGUUCCCAAGCGAGCUCACCAUGUGGAUCGACCCGUCGGAGGUGUCGUAUAGAAUCGGCGAGAAUGGUUCCAUCUGCGUGCUGUACGAGCGGACCGAGCCCGAGAAUCCGGACGAGAUCUCGUCCCAGCAACACCACCAUCACCACCAUCACCAUCACCAUCAGCAGCAUCAGCAACAGCAGCACCAGCAUCACCAUCAGUCGCAGCAACAUCAACUGCCGCCGCAGCAAGCGUCGCCGCAGCAACAGCAGCAGCAAUUCGAGAGCUGCAAGGACUCCUUAUUAUUGGAGCAUCCGCAGUUCAGCGAGCAGAUCGCCGCGUAUGUCUCCAGUUGAAUCGCCGGGCUCGCGCUCGCCGUCAUUCGCGUCCACGCUCUCGAAAUAAUGUAAUUAAGCGCACGUACAUCUCGUGAUAUGUGAUAUCCCGUGUGUGUCGCGUCGCGACGGACCGUGCGGGUCCGCGCGCACUCGAUCUUUCAUGGACUCCCCCAACUGCGUGCGCGCGUCCUCCUUGUUGCGAUCGUUCUCUUCAUACAUUUUUCCUCUAUACUUCUCUUUCCCUUUUUCCGUCUGCACCGAGAGAGCCUCGAGCCGAGGGUCCCAUCAUCCCGUCGACUCUUUAUCUCUCCCGUUUCCUAGUUACAACCAUCGUCCUCUAGCCACGUCCGUGCGAGUUCCUGUUAACGGGGAGAGUCCAUCCUUCGGGAACGCGAGCUCGUCCACGCGCGUCGGUCGACUCGAACGACUCUAGUCCAGUCUCGCGCAUAACCCGAUCCUCCUCUGCGCGCAAACAAGAAGGCGUCUUCUCCAACAAGAGGAAUGUAUUCUCUCUCGGCGACUAAUCCGAUCUAUCGUCGCGAGAAGAGGAAGUCAGAAUUAAAUCAGAAUCGAAGAGAGAGAGAGAGAGAGGAUCAGAUCGGUACUUCUCAAUCUGACGCCUGUUCCUUUUGGAUCAUCAUCAAUCGCUCCAUCAGAGCGAUCAUCUUCUUUUUCUUCCAUAAGGAAAAGAACGCGCGGCCGUCGCAGCGAGGAAGAACGGAGCGAGCUCGAAGCUCUCUCUAGCAGCCGUCUAAUUGAUCUCAGCAUCUCCUUCAUUCGCGUAACCUCCGGAGUGUCUCUCGUGACAACAGCAACCACGCGAGGGAGGAACAACGAAGACCAGCCAGCCUCACCGCCCCUCCGUUCUCGAGGGAGUAAAGGAACCCUAUUCAAACAUUUAUACACACACACACACACACACACACACACACACACACACACACACACACACACACACACACACACACAUGCACGCGCACACCGAACAUAUGUAUCCACAUAACAUCUCUCUGUCUCUCGCAUCCUUCCCGAAUGCGUCUUUCUUCCACGUACUUUGUCACGUCGUAUUUCGGAUUAAGGUUCGUACACACCGGAGCGACGGAUAUUUUAUGACGCGGACGCACGCGAGAGGGAAGCGAUCGAUCGCUUUGUAUAUUUUUCAUUGAAUCGUAAAUAACUUUGGACGAGAAGCAACGAGAUAUCUAUAUUUUCUUUUUUCGCGGCAUGACCCAAAUGAUGCUAAUAAUUCAUAUUCGAAUCAUUACCGGAGAGAUGCACGGGAGAGAACGAGUGUUUUGUUGUUUGCGUCGAAAGCUAUUUACAAUUUAAUCCAUGCAACAAUGCCGGCUCCCAUUUCCAUCUCGCGUCGAUUUGUACGAUCUUAAAAUUGAGAACCACGGGAUUGAGAGUCGAUCGAUUUUUUGUUUUCGAGGAUUUCCUCGAAUCUCGCACUGUCAAUGGGGAUUACCACCGAGUCACACAAACACAUUCAUGCAGAAAUAAAGACACGCAUGUCGAUGAUUUCUAAUCGAGCAAACAUUAAAUUUAUGACGCACGACAUUUCUUUCGUGCGGGUCAUUUAUCGGCGGUAUUUAUCGAUAUUUAAUUUUAAUUUCGCGGGAAAGUCAAGUACAUAAAAUUCGGAGAAUGUAAUGAAGCGAUAACAGAAGGAUGCAAAUUCGUUUUACAUUUGUAAAUUAUAUUUUCACGAGAGAUUGGCUCUCUCUCUCGGCAGAUAAAAAUCUUGCGUAUUUCGACUAUUGGUUAGGUUAGGUUAGGUUGAGCAGCGAGUUUCAAUGUUAGAAGUCUCAAGUCAAACUUUUCACAUGUGCAUACACACUCACACACAUACACGUACAAAUUUCGACGAUAGCGCGCGAAUUUAUAUGUACAUACAUAUAUGUAUAUAUAUACAUAUAUAUAUAAGCGUUAUAUAGAACACCAUGUACACGCGCGAGGACGAAAGGGACGAAGCGAAAUCGUCCUCGGGCGUGUACACAAUUGAACGAAUUGUAUAUUAUCUUUCGCGUGAAAAAGAGAGAGAGAGAGAGAGAGAGAGAGAGAGAGAGAGGGAGGGAGAGGGAGAGACAUGUGGAAGAAAGCAAAACACGACGUAUAAAAUUACUGUGAUUUUAUCCACGGGAAGGCACACGAGCGUUAUAUUUUAUUAUGGAGAGUCGGUCUCGGUAAGUAAAAUUGCUUGAUGUAUGACGUAUGAUUGUGAAUGUUUCAGAAAUGAUUGGGAAUGAUUCAGAAAAAAGAGAGAGAGAGAGAGAGAGAGAGAGAGAGAGAGAGAGAGAGAGAGAAUAACUGAACCCGGUGCGUGGGCGCUCAUCCAAUACGUUUGCUCGCUUCGACAAUAAUAAUAAUAAUAAUAAUAAUAAUAAUAAUAAUAAUAAUAAUAAUAAUAAUAAUCGAGCUCGCUCGAUUAGUCACGUGUCUGCUUCGUGCUCGCGGACGUCGAGAUUUUCUUCAAUUACCAUUACUCGACGAACUGAUAUUCGCGACAGCGACGAGAAACGAGAUCCAUUUAUUGUGUCGACGUCACGAGUUUCAUUUUGUACACUCUAUUACGUAAUAAAAAUAACAUAAAAUUGAAAAAUACAAUUGAUAAUACAAAAUUUCGUUUCACGUAAAUUUUCUCCGUAAAUUUUCCCGAGCGCGUGAGAGUCUCUGAGGGUGCAUGAAAAAAGAAAAAGAAAAAGAAAAAAAAAAGAAGAACGAGUGUACGUCUGUGCGAAAGAUCGAACGGAUAAAAGAGAAAAAGAGAAUGAUGGAGGGAGACAGAAAGAGAUGGGGAGGGGGGGGGAAGGGAACUUGUCGUGUUCGGCGUCGAAUGAGGGAAGGCUCUGUGUGUACGUAGCAAUUAUAGAAACCAUGUCUGUGAUUAUACUAAGAAUAGAGAAAGAGAGACAAUAUAAGCAAUCUCCGUAUGUAACGACCUAAACACGAGCAGUCGUGCGCGCGUGCGGGCGCUUACUAUACAUAACGGUAUGUAAAUGGUACGUAUAUGUAUUACGUAUACACGUGCGAGAGAGAGAGAGAGAGAAUCUUUGUUCGCGGAUGCGUUUUGCGUUUUUUGAAAUCGAGUCGUCGCUUUAAUCGGAGCGCAAAAUUCACGUGGCACUUUGACACAAUAGUUGACACAUCUUUUCUUUUCUUUUUGCUCUCUCUUCGUAUUUACUUCGUGUAUCUGAAAGUAAGUUUCAUCGCGGAUAAAAAAAAGACAUCGGUGAUCUCUGUUCACCAGCAUCGAAAUUCAUUCGGCAAAAGCAAAAGAUGCAAUUUGAAUAUCGCUUCGAAUAUCGAACGACGACUCCUUUGAAAAUCGCACAAACGCGUUCGCCGACAGCGGAAAGGACAACCGAAAAGAGGGAAAAAAAAAAAAGGAAAAAAAAACACUCUCGCCUCAUCUAUAAUAAAGCCCCUCAGCGCUUCGACAUUGACGUCAUACGUGAUAGGUCGAAGUAAUUGAUUAUAUACGUACGUGCAUCCUAUCAUCGCGUGUAUUCAUCAGAUUAAUCAAAUUAAAAAAAAAAGACAGCCUUCGUUAUUUCGAACCGCUACGUGUGACGUCAGAAUCGAUGGAGGGCUCUUUACUAUACAUAUAUACUAGGCGAGAGGUGGAUUAGAAGGAGAGAGAUUAGAUAUCGUUUCCAUUUUCCGUAUUUUAUUUAGAAUCACCAACGAUCUCCCAUAUAUAAUCCGUCGAAAGUAGUGCGAGAUGAGAGAGAGAGAGAGAGAGAGAGAGAGAGAUGUCGCGCCGCGUCGUCCUUGGAUGAUUAUUUUGCCGACAAGAACACGUUCCUUUCCCUUUGUUCUCGAUUUUCGUUUCGCGAAAUCGCGAUCGCGAAGAUCGAAAAGGGCGCGCUUGUUUGCGAGAAUUCUCCCUUUGUUUACUUAUCUAUCUUCACACAAACACGCAUAUGAAACUAUAAAUAUCAACACGAAUGUCGAGAGAGAGCGAGAGAGAAAGAGGGUGAAGCGGUGAAGCGAAAAACGAUGAGAGAGAGAGAGAGAGAGAGAGAGGGAGGGAGGGAGGGAAAAGGAGCGAAUGCGAGCAUUUAUUUCGCGCGAAUAUAAAUUGUAAUUACUAAAUAUAUAUGCGCAUAUAUUAUAUAUACAUAAUUAUAUACAUAUAUAUCGUGUAAUUAUAUAUACAUAUAUAUAUAUAUAUAUAUAUAUAUAUAUAUAUACGAUAUAUAUAUGUAUAUAUGUAUAUAUAUGUCUCUUCAGGAGGAAUUUGUACAAACCCGCUGGAAUAAGGCACCAGCAAGUCUGUGAUUUUAGCUUGGUUACUAAUUCAGUAUUUUUUUAAAUAAAACGAGACAAAAUCAAGAUAAAUCGUAAAAAAAGAAGUAUGAUUCGGUUCGCGAGAGAGGGGAGGAGAAAGUUUACGAAAGAAGAGAGAAAGCGCGCGCCUGUGUGUGUGUGUGUGUGUGUGUGUGCGUCAGAUCGAAAGGUAGGUGCGUUAUGUGAGGAGAAAAAGAAGCGUGGGACGGAGGAGGGAGGGAGGGAGGGAGGAAGGGAAAUCUCGGAAGCUCGCGAUAAAAUAUUACGAUCGAGUGGUUUUUGAAACAAAAAAAGUCUGACCCAAAUCGCGACUUGGCGAUUUUGUAACAUAUUUUCUUUUUAAAAAAGAAAAAAUAAGAAUGUGAGUAAAUUAAUGUUGCUUAUUUUACUUAUAUCGCUUUUUUUUUUGCUCUUUUCCGAGAAAAUGUGUGCGCGAUUAUCGCGAGAUUCUAAUUAACUCGUAUUGUAAUGGUGUCGUCGGUGAACGCGACUCGAACGAACGAAAGGAGCGUGACGUGUCUCGCGUUAAAAAAACAUCGUCGCGAUAAAGACGACGGCUCGCUCUCUCUAUCACGCGAAACUUGGCGUCCACCAUCAAUCGCGCUUAACAAUUUUUUUUUUUUUUUCCUCUCUCAUUUUUACUAUACCCAGUGAUGCAGUAUGAAAGGAGAAUCGGUUGAAUCAUCAUCGAGCUAUUGUCAUUGAUAAGAAAAAAAAAUCAGCCGACGGUAUCUCUCGUUGUCCCUAUCGUUGUUAUGAAAUUAUCCUCGCUUUGCGUCAGCUGUACAAAUUUAUAUCGAUGAAUAAUUAAACCGCUGUGACUCAUACCGAUCGAUUAUCGUAUAUCGGUAUCGUCGAUGAGCUUCCGAAGUCCAUCUCGAAGAACAACGGCAUUGUGGCGUCACGCUCCGAUAUCGAAUCACCGCGUUAGUGCGCGUCUCGAUGUCUUCGUUGUAUUUUUUUACGCGCGAUUCUUCUUCCUUCCUUCCUUGGCCGAAAUCGCACCGAGAAAGAAUCGCAAUGGCGAAAGGAACUCGAGGACCGGCUCUUCGUCGAGUGCUUUCCCUUUCUUUGGAAAAAUCGUUUUACGUUCAUUACGGACACUGGGAAUGAGAGAGAGAGAGAGAGACAGAGAGAGAGGGAGAGAGAUGGAAGUACGGUGGAUUUUCGGUGAAGUAAUAUUGCUGGUAUGGCGGGGUAUCGAAAUAAGUAAGAAAGAAAGGAAGAGUGUGUGUAUGUGCGUGAGAGAGAGAGAGAGAGAGAGAGAGAGAGAGAGAGUGUGCGAGCGUGCAAAGCCCGACAGGGGUGGUCAAUUCGAUGAAGAUAGGCCUCCCGGCCCCCUCAAUAUAAUUGUGAUGACAAAUUACUUAUAGAAAUUGAUGAGCGAAGUCAUUUAGCGAUUUCAGCUUGCAAUAGGAUUGAGCGAGAUGCGAAUUCGGCGGCCCUGUCGGUGCAUUAUUUGGAGAGAACCGGAGGGAGAGCGCGGAUAUACAUGCAUAUAUAAAGAAAGAUCCCACUCAUUUCUGCGCGUUGACUGCGAGCGAAACGCCACUCGAUGAAUUCUGUAUAAAAUUCGCUUUAAACAAGUCUACACGCAUGUCCACGAGUAUUACACACACACACACACACACACACAACAUACAUACACAUACAUACAAAAUACACUCACACACUUACACCCGAUUCGACAUAUACAGAGAUUUCGCGGAUGCGGCGCGAGAAGUGACACUUGAAGCACACGGAUACAUUUACACACAUACUCGAAUCUGUAGACUCGUAGAUUUAUUAUUAAUUAUAAUGAAUUAUAAUUAUUAUAUCUAUUAUAUAUAUCAAUGUAUAAUUAUAUUUAGUUUUUAGGUUAAUAUGAUGGCUAUUAUUUCCCGCUUGUACAUACGCCGUGAACUCCAGAAGAAAAUUAAAUCUUUAACAAAGAGAAAAUCUAUAAUUUUUUCGACUGUUUUUGUACAGAGAUAAUAAAAACAAAGGGCCUCGUGCUUAUGAAAUUUCAUGAAUAUAA